AUCUUAUUUUGAAUCCCAAACUGCCUUCAGAUUUCGAAACAGUUCGGUUUCGCUGUGCGGUCAGGUGUCUGGCCGGUAUAAUCCUCUGUUAAGUUCGAUUCUCUUCCGUAACUUAAAUAACUUGCUUUGUAUUUUUCGUUCGUGGUUCUUAUUGUUUCUCGGUAUUAUUCUCUGCGUUUUCUCUCCAAAAUAAGCAUAAACAAAAGUGUCAGGAAAGUGAAAACACAAAGACAUGGCAUCUCGGUUGCAGCAAGUUGAGGGCGAUAAGUCGGUUGUUUUACGUGUCACUCACUCUAACAUCAAAACCUUCGCUUCUGACGUUCGAUUUUCCCUUCAGAUGAGUGUGGAAUCAGUAAAAGAUAAGCUGUGGAGAAAGUGUGGUACUUCUGUUGAAUCAAUGCGACUUGAGCUUUAUGAUGACACAAACUCAAAAGUUUCAGAUUUAACCGAUAAUUCUAGACCUCUUGGAUUUUAUUCUCCACUUGAUGGGUAUCGGUUACAUGUUAUAGAUCUUGAUCCCUCAUCUGUAACCUCUGGUGGCUGGCUUGAAGACACAUCACUAGUGGAGAAAUACACUAUAUCUGAAGAAGAAUAUAGCAAACGUGAUGGUACAUUUAGAAAAUUCAAGGAGAAAAUGCAAUCUCAAAAUUCAUCAGCUCUUGAGAAUAAGAUAUCAAACAACUACAUGGAAGACCUCUGUGCAAAUAUUAAGGUAGGAGACAGAUGUGAAGUUGAUCCAGGGGCAAAAAGAGGUGUUGUCAAAUUUGUGGGUAGAGCAGAAUCUCUUGCACCUGGUUUCUGGGUUGGAAUUCAAUAUGAUGAACCAUUGGGAAAACACGAUGGCAUUGUGAAAGGGAUUCGCUACUUCCAGUGCCCACCACUCCGUGGUGCAAUGGUUAGACCAGACAAAGUAAAGGUUGGUGACUAUCCUGAAAGAGAUCUGUUUGAGGAAGACGAAAUAUAGCAGGGCAUUCAUAAGCUUAUGAAGAUGAUGCGCUGUUUCUCCAUUUAACACAACUGGAAAGAAAGAAGUAUGCAAAUUUGCCUAUCGGGGUUAGAAAGAAUGAAUGAUAGCAUUGCGUCAGUCUCUUCUUAUCUAGAACUGUAAAGGAGCUGAGGCUUGUCAGUCAAGAGCAUCGUUACUGAUUCCUUAUUUGCAGUAUCAAAUUAACUGUAUUAAUAGUUGCAGAGAUGUUUUCCUACUUUGUUUAUGGCAUUACUUGGGGAGGGAAGACGUGAAACCUACAUCAAUCACUGGAUUAGUCUAGUGGUCAGUGAUGCAAGUGAAUGAGCAAUAGAGUUAUUUAGAGUUUAGCCCCAUUUCAGUACUAGUUUAUGAGAGGAUUUUGUGGUUGAAAGCAGACCUGACAGCUUCACUUGAAUCAGAAAUAAGAAUAUUAUAAUGUGU